AUGUCGGACUCUGAGAUCGAAGUCACUGGAGAAGACUUGAGUCCCUUCGACGCGUCCACCUGGAUCGGCCGAGGCCGAAAGCUUCCAGCAACACUCCCGCGCGGGCUACGCGAACAUAUCAAGAGCGUACUUCUCAUUCCCGAUGCUCAUCGCGAGUUACUUCCCAAAGCCGAUGCUUCAAUCGAAGCCUUGAUGAGCUGGAGGCCCCCAGAGGCUACGCCUUGCGACGACAUCGUCUGGGCGACGAACAUCUUCUCGCCCUGCGCACCGAAUGGUGCUGUGCGCCACUUCCUCGAUGAUAAUUACUCUUUGCCGCCCCGACAAGCCAUAGAGCACGCACACGAGCGAAUUGGGCAAGCCAUCUUAGAUGGAAUGCAGUCGUUCUGCAAUGCACGAUACCAAAAUACGUACUUGCCGCUCUGGACCAUAUCGUUCUAUCGUGCACUGUACGAAGUGUUACAGAGACGCGAAGUUGCCCUGAGCUGCUCGAGAUGGUUGGAGGCUGCACUCUCUGGCUGCAGUGCAGUUGACGACGCAUAUCUGUUGCGCGCGCGCGAUGCGCUACUCCGUGUACCGUGGCAGGGUAACAUCUGUCACGACCUCGAUGUCACCCUCUUCCUCCGACUGCUCAGCGACGCGCAGAUCUCCGACGGGCUCGUCGACAGCCUUACCCAGUGGGUUAUAUGCGAGGGUCGCCCAAAUACCUCCUCAUGCUCGUACUUCGCGUGCGGCAUCGCAGUGUGGGACUAUCUGAAGGACAAGGAUCAGUCGUACUGGACAAAAGAGGGAGCAAGACGGGUCAAGUUCAUGAUUAACCUCGAAGACAAGCUGAAGAGUGUGCCCUCGCCGCCAAAGUUUCUCUUCCCUGUUCGUCUAUCCUUGGGAAAGGACAGUACGGGGCUCGAUCGAGGCCACUUUCUCAUCGUUGAGGUGAACCCAGCGUCGAAAACCUUUACGCUCGUCGACAGUCUCGUAGGCAUGAACACGCACACCAUCGUCUCGAAAGUUCAACAUUGGCUUCACGGGCGGGUGGAUAAGCGUUACAAGCACAAGUCCGAGAGUUCUACCUUGCCGCAAGGUUAUCAGAGGGAUGGUACAUCGUGUGGUAUCUGUGUCGCCUCGACAGUCGCCUCUGCGAUUCUUGACACCCCACCAUGGUCUCACAAUAUGCGGAGGUCUGAGCGUAUCAGGUGGUUUCUGCGAUUAUUGGGUAUACGCGAAGAGCAGCCUGUUACCGUCACGAUGAGUCAAUCAGUCGGUGAAGGGGUCAUAGGCAACGAGACCUCUGAGCAGACAUUUGAUGAGGCGAUGGCCGAUACAGCAUCGCAGACCACCGCGCGCGCGACACCCGAGAGAGUGGAUAUCAUAGACUCGGAUGACGAGUUCCCUCUCUUCAUAUCGAAUCCCAAAGCCGCUAAGAUUAUGCCUCCCGUAUCGCCUCGGCCUCACAACUCCUUGAAACGCUCGCUCUCCACGCGCGAGCAGCCAGACGAGAACGCGGCAUCAGCUCCCCAUCCAAGCACCCCCCUCAGUCCUCGCAAACGAAGAAGGGCGGACCGUAUGGGCUCGUCGCACUGUCCGCCUGCUGAGGUCACUCCGCCACGUAUUUGUGCUUCAAACUUUUUGGCCGUUGUUGCCGAAGAGGACGGGGACGAGGCCGGAUCGAGCCGUGCACACCAUGAGUCAGGGUUCGGCGACUGGGUGAAGCGGGAUGCGUACGGAAACCCACUCGCUAGGGGCAAUUCCAAGACCCAGCUGAGGGAUCGGAAGAGGAAGGCGGAGGCGAAGGCGAAGCCGGCGAGCCCCUCGAAGCGUGAGAAAUUCGUCGGCAAAAUCCUCACUCUCGACGCAGAAGCGACCUUUGACCGCGACGACUACCUGCGCGUCUCGCAUUCGCGAUGCGGUAUACCAAUCCGAUGCGAAAUUAACCGCCCGAAGAACUUCGCCGACCACAUACAAAGAUGUCGAGGAGUGAAGGCGACUACUUUAAUCCAGCGGCCAACCAGCGCACCGUCACUUUCCGUACUUGCUCCGCCGGCGACGGCCCUUCCUGACCUUGCGAACCGCCCAUGUCCCGGGCUCAAGGGAGAAUGCAGUGAGAGACUGUCUCGUUACAUUACGAACAGUGCUCUGGGUGGUGGUGGUGCACGGCCUCGUUACAAGAUCGUGCGCGACUUGUAUCCCGAAGUCGGCCAUGGCAGUCUGAAGCGGUUAUCCGAGGCUGCCCGGCGGAUUGUGCUGACAGAAGAGCGUGCUGAGUUCUUGUGGCUCGUUGAACGACACCUCGAUGCCGUUCGGUCUUCGUCUUGCACUUACUGGGUCUCCGCGCGGAUGUCUAUCGCUCUGAACACUCUGUCGCCUUGCGAAGAGUGUAUAGGAUUGGUCAGCUGCCAUCCUUUUCAGGUUGCAUGUAGCCGUAAAGGCCCGAAGGAACCUGGAAACGAGCAAUUCACGCCCGACUCCCUGCAGCUCGAACUGAAGGCGGCGGCAGAUAAGCACGGUGCUUUCAAGAACUACCGUCGAGUUCUCCGAGCCUGGGACAAGGGCCGUCGCGAGGGUUCAUUGCUCGUCAAGUUUGCCGAGUGUCUCCUGCUCGACGCCACGUUCCCCGGCAAAGAUACCUUUGUUGGUCUCAUUGAGAAUGCGGUUCGUGCGCAGGAACGAGAUGAGGGCGAGAAGGGGAUGCAAGGAUUCAAGUAUCACCCGGACACAAUCGAGUUCGGCCACAAUUUGGCGAUCAUCUCCCCGCAGGCUCACGCGGCUGUCUCCAAGGUAUUCAAGAUACCCAGUAUUCGUGCUUAUCAGCAGAAACGGGCUAAAGAGCCCCGGUUUCCUGUCGGUAUCGAUGUCAGCGAAACACCCAGGCUUCUCAAGGACACGCUCGACAAGCUUCACUGGUCCGGUCCGGUUCACAUAGCCGAUGAUGAGACAAAGUUGGAUGCAGCGUUGCGUGAGUACUACGAUGUUCGCCGUGAGGCUUGGGUCCUUCUUGGAACACCCGACCUUGAACCACCUCUUCUUCCCGAUCCUCAAGGUGUCCAGGCUGCCAUCGACAAGGGCAAAUACGUCAAGGCCACACAGCUCCGUCUAUGGACCGCGCAAGUCCCUUGUCCGGGUAUCCCGGUCAUCAUUAUAGCAGCUAUGCCUGUCGACUCAAAAGUCAAUGCGAGCGAUCUCAUUGCCUAUCAGGAGCGUCUCCUUGCCUGCCUGUUCGACUUUGAUAUCAACAUCUGCAGCAUGGCAGUCGAUGGUGCAGGGAAAGAACGCAACAUGCUGCGCCAUUUCGACCAGACCGCGCACUUUCAUCGCGACCAGAUCAUCCCAUACCCUCCCGACCCAUCAGACCCCACGCGCGCGUUCAACCCUCGCAUUCCUUACAUUGGGCCUGCUGAUCGUCCCUAUCCUGUCAGCUUGAUGGAAGAUCCUCCCCACUGUCGAAAGACAAUCUGGGCGAACUUCUUUGCUGGUGGCCGUUAUCUCACCUUCGGGGAUCAUACGGUCAGCUACCGCAACUUCUAUCAUGCCUGGCAGGAUGGUGGUCCUCUGUGGAAGCGCGACGUCAUCAAGGCUGACAGGCAGUCUGAUAACUCUGCGCGGGCGAUCUUCUCGUCGGCCAAUGCACGCUGGAUGCAUGAGACUCGCCCGUCUGAGACCCUCGCCACUGUCGUCUUGGUCACUGUGCUUGGUGGCCUGAUAGAUGCCUAUGAAAACAAGACGAUCACUACCGAAGAGCGCAUAGGGGCUGUGCUGCGAGCAUACUACGUCAUCGACAUCUGGAAGCUGUUCAUCAAGUCGAUGGGAUACUCUUCACAACAUCAGAGGACCACCCAAAUGCUUGACUAG